UUUAUUCACCUUUUUACCACUUGUAAAGGUUAUCGUGGCAAGAUAUCUACAAAUAGGUAUAUUCAUUUUUGAGUGUAGAAACAACUUUAUAAGGAUCAAAAUGGUUUUCAAGUUACUGACGAUCCUUUCUUUGAUAGCAAUAACUUACGCUCAGAGGCCAUGGUAUGCUGGCUCUAAACCUAUCGGCUAUCCCAGUUCCCCAGAAAAUAAUGCUCCUGCUACUACCGACGAGUUACAAAAUAAAUCCGGAGAUGAUGAUUCUUCAACAACUACCCAAAGUUUGCCCAUCGAAGCUCAGGGAGACCGAGACCUAGUCAACCGUAUAAGCAAGCUUCCCGUCGACCAACAACCUUUCUGGUACAUUAACUGGCAAGCUCUUGAAGCCCAGAGACAAAAUCCACAGACCUGGCCACAUAAACCUAAUGGUUUCAGCGAUAACCAGGAUAACUGAUUUCAAUAAGAAUUAAGAACAAGUACAUAUGCACACAGGAUGUUAAUCAUUUUAAGAAAAUGCUGUAAUACUGCUAAAGAAAAUUCGUAACCUUGUUAUAAAUAAACCACAUGAUGUGUCAUACGUUAAAAGUGCUUUUAUCACAAAAUAGCCGUAAAAAUAAUACGAACUACAUGAAACAGAUUAUGUAUAUUACAAUCGUGUGAAAUUUUAUAACGCUUCUAUUCCAGCACAAAAAUUUCGUUCAAAAGAUUUAGUUCGGAGAAUCGUCAAUCCUCUCUCUCGAAAAGUUUCUUUUUGCAGAUGUGGCCUUAUAACCAUGGGUGAGAAUUAUUGGUAACUUCUUAUCAUCAUUUCAAGACUGUAGACGUUCCCUAGGUAGAUAUAGACGUAUUAAAAAAAUACCACAAAAUACGGUCUAGCCUCAUCCAAAAACUCCCUAUGAUUAACAUUUAGUGGGACGCCGUCCUAUAUUACGACUUUCAACUCAUAUUUCUGACUCGAAAACGUCUUAUUCCCUUAUUAUUUGUUUUUGUGUGGGAGCUAUAAGGCAUCUUAGAAAUUCAAUGCUGGUAAUCAGUUAGUUCCGUUGUUUGUCACGUUCCUAUUAUUGAUACUAAUAGAUAAUUGGAACUUUGUUUCUUAGACAAAGCUUAGUGAAGUUAUUCAAGAAUUCGUGUUCAUUUGCAUUUACUUUUGAUUGAAACUUAAAAAAAAAACAUUUAUUACAACCAGUGUUUUGGCUAGGUUAAAAGAUAUAGUAGUUGAAAUUGGCAUUACAACUACAAACCAAAGAGAAUUUCAAAUAAGACUGAACGACUGAAUUCUUACUUUAAAGAAGGCUUUGUUUUUUGUUAAUACUUUUAAGCUUAUUAUUUCUUUAAAUUAUUAUCAUUGAGUUAAAAGCAAACUUUGUUGCAAUGUAUAAAGUUAAAAUAAUUUACUUACACAUAUCGGUUUCAAAGCUCAACUAAUAUAUUCUACUUCGUUUACCAUAGAUAUUGACCCUUUGUUUAACCUUUA